CAUGAGGAGGAAGAGCCCGUCCCCCCUCUUCUUCUCGUCCUCCUCUUCUUCCUCGUUCUCCUCCCUCUCCACUCAUCUCUCGCUCUCCCCUGUGGGAGGAGUUUGUCAUCGAGACGUUGGGGAGGUUGUUGCAGUUGAAAGCAAAGCAGAGGAGAGGACACAGGUAGAGAGGAAAGAGCGCCAGAUGUUAGCAGAUCAGAUCCACUCGGGUGAUGUGAACUGAUGGAGGCCACACUAAUGUCACCCUGAAAGAGGAAGAUGUAGCUCCUUCUCCGGAGAAUGAAGAAGACAUCCUUUGGGUGAAACAGCGUCUCCGGCUGAAGAGCUUUCUUGAAGUGAUCCUGCUUUAGUUUGGAGCCAGCCCUCACCCCUCAUUUUGUCAGCUUGUGACCAGCAGCGAUGGUUUCAUGGGGUCAAACGCUCACCUGGACUUUGCUUUCUGUUCUUCUGCUGGGAAUGACCUGCUCCGUCCGGGGUUCACUUGUAAAGGUCAACAAGGGUUUAAAGGUGAAACGGGGUCAGUCGACCUACCUCCAGGAGGGAGACCUGCAGUUCCUAAUACCCCGUCAGAAGGAUGCAUGCAAGGUGGAGGUGGUGUUAAAUGAGCCAAUAACUCAACGAGUGGGGGAGCUCAUGCCUCAGGUAUUUGACUGCCACUAUCUGACUGACGAGGUAAAAUAUGUCCAUAACGGCUGUCCGCUGUUGAAGGAGGACACUGUUAAGCUACGACUAUACAGGUUCUCAGAGACGGAGACGUACAUGGAGGUGUUUUCUCUCCACGUGGAAGUCAUUGAACCCGAUUGCAGCAUCAUAAAGCUGGGGCCCAAACCCUUGCAGGUUCCUGAGUUUUACGGCCUCUCUGACGCCGUGGAUGGCAACGUUGUGUCCUUCAACUACGAGAGGAGGUCCAGUCUGGAGUGUAGCAUCCAUCUGAGUAACCAUGACACCCACCUGCCAGCUCAUGGUCAGCUGGUCACCGGAGAGCCAGAGAAAGCCACAAAGAGAGGGGACGAGCCAGAGAGCUUUAUUCCCCUUCGUCAGCAGCUAGAUAACAAAGAAAGAGCGCUGUGUAAAUCAGAGGACUGCCUGAAGGGUCUGAAGCUGGUGAAGUUCACCAAAAUUCCCUGUGAUGAUUUCCUGAUGAUGGGUCUGAAGUAUCAGCACCGAGAUCCUCCGUCUCCAGACAUAGAUUACAUCGCUAUCAGACUGGAUCUCAAGGACACCCGGAGUGGAAGUGUCUAUCAGUCUGAACAGGCCUGGAUUCCGGUACAGAUAAUCGGUGCGAUGCCCAACCAGCCUCCCAAACCAUCCUUCAUGUCCAUGUUCAUCCUGGAGGUGGAUCAGUUCAUCCUCACUCCGCUCUCAACCGCUACGCUGGACGCCGAAGACGAGGAAACUCCCAAACAGCGUCUGGUUUUUAACAUCACUAAACCGCCCGUGGACGGGUUCAUCACCCAUCUGUACGAUCACACCCGACCAAUCUCCUCCUUCACGUGGCUCGACCUCAACGACAUGCUCAUCGGUUACCAACCUCCCAACUCCUCACACACACAACGCAGGAAUUACGAGGUGGAAGUUGAAGUUCAUGAUUUUUUCUUUGAGAGGAGCCAAUCGAUGACGGUUCAUAUGUCUGUGAGGAAUGCCGAUACAAAUGCACCCAGAGUGUCUUGGAACAUGGGUCUCAGUCUGUUAGAGGGUCAGUCCCGCCCGAUUCUGUGGGAACAACUACAGAUUGUGGACAACGACAACCUGAACGCUGUGCGUCUCAUCACUGUGGACGGUCUGCAGCAUGGGCGGCUCACUGUGAGAGGUGGAAAGGGCUUCAUGUUCACCGUCAAGGACAUUAAAGCGGGCGCUGUUCGCUAUCACCACGACGACAGUGACUCCACAAAAGACUUCAUCGUUUUCCGAAUCACGGACGGACCCCACCAGACCCGACACAAGUUCCCUAUCAAGAUCCUGCCGAAGGACGACAGCCCUCCGUUCCUCAUCACCAACAUGCUGCUGGAGGUGUCCGAGGGUCAGACGGUGUUACUGAGAGGCUCCACCCUGCAGGCGUCAGACAUGGACUCCAGCGACGACUACAUCCUGUACAACAUAACCCGCCUCCCACAGGCCGGAGAGGUCAUGAAGAUCCCUGGACCAGGACUCACAGGUUAUCCUGUCGGCCACUUCCUGCAGAAAGACCUGUCGCAGUCGAUGGUUUAUUAUCGACAUCUGGGCAAUGAGGUGUUCGAUGACUCCUUUGAGGUGGUGCUGUCGGAUUUCAAUGACCCCCCGAACCUGUCAGAGCCUCAGGUUGUGGUUGUGCACAUCGAACCAGUUCCAGAUCAACCCCCUAAAGAGGUUCCCGGUUCCAGCCGCUGUCUGGUGAUCAAAGAAACAGAAGUGGUCCAUUUAACACGCCAACAGCUCCACUUUGUGGACCAGGAGUCUCCGGACAGUGAGCUCACGUAUACGGUUACUACUCUACCUUUCUGCACCGGCCCCCACAGCAGUCCAGAUGCGGGUAGGUUGUUUUUGGUCGACAGCAUCUCCAAGUUUACCAAAGACCCCAGUGCACCUGUGCUGAGACUCUUCACACAACAUGCAGUGAACUUCAUGAAAAUCGCCUACAUGCCUCCCAUCAUGGACAUCGGCCCUUACCCCCAGUACAUCCAGUUUGUUCUCUCUGUAACAAACCACCUGGGCAAAACGGUCACUGGAAUCUGCUUUAACAUCACUGUGGUGCCGGUGGACAACCAGCCGCCGCAGGUGAUCACCAACGCUCUGACUGUAGACGAGGGAGGGGAUUGUCAGCUCGGCCCUGGCCACCUCCUGUUGUCAGACGUGGACUCAUUGGAGGAAGUCCUGCAGGUGGAGCUUCAGAAGGAGCCCCAGCAUGGAGCUCUGCAGCUGGGAGGCCUCCAUCUCAAACCGGGCCGAGCUUUUUCUGUGCAAGAUCUGAAAGGCCUUAAAGUGAGGUAUGCUCACGAUGGCUCAGAGACUUUAGAGGACAACCUUCAUUUCACUGCAUCAGACGGAACCAACUCCGUCAGCUUCGUCCUGCAAGUGAAGGUGAUGCCCAUCAACGACGAGGUCCCGGUGCUGCUUCCUGGUUUGAAACUGGUUCUGAGCUGUGCAGAGGGACAGCAAGUCGUCAUCACAGCCGAGUAUAUCUACGCUACAGACGCAGACAGCGACAACAGCAGUCUGGCCUUCAUGAUCGCCCGGCAGCCGUAUCACGGUGUCAUUCUCCGAAACGGCGUCAUCGUGGACCGCUUCAUCCAGGCCGACAUCAGCGCAGAGAUCAUCAGCUACAAACACACAGGUCUGGAGAUCGGACUCACUCCUCGCCACGACACCAUCACGUUUGUUAUUUCCGACGGAGAAACAGAAAACUCUGGGUUAUGCUGCACUGAAGGAAAUCCGUCCAGGAUCAGAGGAACGACUCAACUACGAGACAGCCUGCCCGUUUACGACCUCCAGAUCACUGUGUUUCCUGUUGACAGCCAACCACCCUCACUUUCUACGGGAGACAUCUUUACGGUGGAGGAAGGUGGCUCCGCCCCGAUAACUACGUCCCAUCUUAAGGUGUCUGACGUGGACACGGUCCUGGACGAGCUCGUGGUCAGUCUCAUUUCUCCGCCGCAGUUUGGAUACAUCGAAAACGUCCUGCCCAGUCCCGGCUUCGAGAAAAGCAACACCGGCAUCAGCAUAGCUUCCUUCUCGUACAAAGACAUCAUGGACGGUCACGUGAACUACGUGCAGUCCAGACACCAGAGGAUGGAGCCCACAGCUGACCAAUUUAUGCUCUGCGUAUCUGAUGGCAAACACAGCUCCGCACACGUUCCCUUCUACAUCAUUAUUACCCCGACGAAUGACGAGGUCCCAGAGUUUGAGGCUCGCAACUUCACGGUACGAGAGGGAGAGAUGAAGCAGCUGGACUCGUCUGUGUUACGUGCGAUGGAUCUGGAUGUCCCACAAAACGUCUUGCGCUUCAGUGUGGUCAAACCCCCGCAGCACGGCAGCAUCGUCAGCCACGGCAGCGAGAAGACAGUCCACAAGAAACGGGAAUCAAGUCCAUCAGUCCUUAUGGUCGACUUCACAAUGACAGAUCUGACAAAUGGUUUGGAUCUGAUGUACCAGCACGACGACUCGGAGAACAUGGACGACAUCUUUACCAUCCAGCUCACUGAUGGAAGACAUCAACUCCACAGACAGGUGAUGGUCAAAGUCCUGCCGGUCAAUGACGAGGAGCCUCGAGUCAUCAGGAACAACGGGCUGGAGGUGGAGCCCGGAGAGGCGCGCCUCAUAUCCAGUGUUGUUCUGUUCGCCAAGGACGGAGACACGCCUUCCUCAGAGGUCAAAUACAUGUUUGAGAGCGUUCCUGUACAGGGACUGCUGCAGCUAAAGGAAGGUCAGGGCUGGUCGACCCUGACAGCGGGGAGAAAGUGCACCCAGGAGAUGGUGGACAUGAACCUCCUGCGUUACACACACACCGGCCUGCACGGCGCCAAAACACAGGACUUCUUUGUUUUCCACCUCUCUGACGGACAGAAUCGAUCACCUCCGCAGCACUUUCACAUCUCUGUCAAAGAUCUGGAAAAAGGAAACAUCGCCGUCUUUGUGAAGCCGGUGACCGUGAACAGAGGGGAUCGUGUUGUUCUCACCACAGACGCUCUGUUAGCCACGGACGGCACAGACAAACCCGAGGAGCUCAUGUACGUCGUCACCAACCCUCCUGCUCACGGACACAUCGAGUACAUCAAACACCCCGGGCUGACCAUCUCCACCUUCAGCCAGAUGGACGUAGCUGCCAACCUGGUGGCUUAUGUUCAUGACAACCGAGCGAGAGAUCCGACAGAAACCUUUCAGUUUGUGGUGAGUAACGGCGAGAUGAGCAGAAACGGAUCCUUUGAGAUCACGGUGGAGAUGGUGGACCGCGUGCUGCCGUCGCUGACCUCCAACACUGGCCUCUCAGUCCCACAAGGAUCCUCCAUGAUCCUGGGUCCAGACUGCCUGACUUUAUCUGACCCUGACACUCCUCCUGACGACCUGACCUUCAUGCUCCUGCAACCUCCUCAGUACGGCAGCCUGAUUCUAGGAGGACGACCACCACUGACCACAGGAUCAAACUUCACCCAGAGAGACGUGCAGGAGCUGGAGGUGACGUAUAAACAUGAUGGAGGACCAUCGCAGAUCGACAGAUUCGCCUUCUCUGCCUCUGACAGCAGCGAUCGAGGCUUCCUGCUGGACGGGAGAUUACAAACAACGCCUGUGUUCUUUACUAUACUGAUCAAGCCUUUGGACAAAUCUUCACCUGAGGUCGUGAAGCUGCUUCCACUUUGGAAAGCAGAGCUCUUAGACGACGGACGAUACGGGAUCUUUCUGUCGUCUCAUGAGCUGAAGGCCGAGGACAGAGACAGCAGAGACGAGGAGCUGAUACUCUGCAUCAUUCGACAGCCGUACUUUGGUUAUCUCGAAAACAUCACCACAGGAGGAUUUGUCCCGCAGCGCUUCCCUCAGACGGAGCUGAACAAAAGGUCAAUCGUGUACAUCAUAAACCCGGACAGACAGUCUCUGUCAGACAGUCUGGAGUUCACAGUGUCGGAUCCUUUAGGGAACACAGGGCCCUCUCACGUACUGGAGUUCAGCUGGUCCACAGUGGAGUUUUCUCAGGCGCAGUAUUCUGUGUGUGAGGAUCAGAGAACCAUCUCAGUGGACAUCAAUAGAAAAGGAAACUUAGCAGAGUCUUCAUAUGUCACUAUCAAGGUAAAAGAAGUGACGGGGACAGCUGGGAAAGACUUCCUCAUCAGUCCUUCUUCCCUCAUUCAGUUUGAUCCAGGAGUGUCGAAGAGGAUCUGGCAGACUGAGAUCAUUCAGGAUCACCUGGAGGAGUCUGAGGAGAAGUUUGAGGUGCUGCUGGUCUCUCCUGACGGGACUGUGAUCGGGCGGAUCGACACGGCUCAGGUCACCAUCAAAGAGUCAGGUCGCUGCAGGCUGACCCAGAAUCGUGGGGCUCCAGUUCUAGGAGGUAAAGAAAUCCGCUCAGGCUUGUACCCAGAACACGGAUCCAUUCAGCUGGAGAAGUUGCCGCUCGGCACAGAGUCCUUCACCUGGAGCCGGGGAGAUAGCAUCAGACCUCCAACUGAUGUCACAAGAAAGAAACUCAAUGUUCGGAACAAUCCAAAGACUAUUGCACCGUCAUCAGUUUUUCGGAACGGGACAGACGUUGUUUACACGUAUCACGGGAUCAUGCAAAUGCAAGUAGAAGACGACGCUUCCGCGUCGAGGAAGGGAAGGAAGGCAAACAUCCGCGUGGUGAGCAGAGGAGCGAAGCAGAAAACAGCAGCAGUAAUAUCUCCGUCAGAUCCUCGAAGAAAGACCUCGAAACCACUAAAACCUGGACCAGCACGAGCAAUCGCUACAGCUGAUAACUCCAUACCCAAGCCCUGUGUGCCAGAACUGAUGGGACUCCUGCAUUUCAACCAGACAACAAAUCAGCUCUUUCACUGCGACGGUGUCUCCUGGAGGCCAUGGGCUCCGAGUGAUCAGAUGGUGGGCGCUCAGAGGUGUCCGCAGGGCUGGACCUAUCAUGGAGGCCGCUGUUACGUCCUCGGCACUGAGAACAAGGUCACAUGGAGCACAGCUAGCAGAGCCUGCAGGGAGAGAUAUAAAGGCACUCUAGCAAGCGUUCUCUCCAAAGCCGACAUGGACUGGAUGUGGGACUUCAGUGGGAGAAAACCCUUUUGGAUCGGCCUGAACGACCGGGAGGGCAGGGGACGCUGGGAGUGGGCGGGCGGAGAGUCGGUCAGCUACACCAACUGGAGGAAGACCCCGCCUCGCUCAAAAAUGAAGGGCAACAAAAAGUGCGUCCUCGUGUGGAGGAGAGCAAAGUGGCAAAUCAGAGACUGCAAGACGAGCAGAGGCCAUCGCUUUGUGUGUUCAGUGAAGACAUGAACGUGAAACACAACAUCACAGCCAUGAGCCACUGUGUUGUUACAGAGGAGGAGCGACAGAUCCUCAGGACGUUUAUACCGCAAUAACUUUCCAAUAAGAUCAACAGGAACUUCUCUGGAACUGUUUAUAUCAUUUAUAAUGAAUCUAUAAUGUGACAAUUAUCAUGUAAAAAAAAGCUAGGUACUAUGUGACGCUGUUUACACUCAUUUAUUUUAAUUAACCACUGAAAUUGUUCGUCUACAUGUAAAGAUCACAGAAUAUUUUUUAAGAUUUAUUUGAGGGAUGACUCUCUAAAAGUGGAAAAUAUAAAAUCAUCGACCCCGAGUCGACAUCUUCUCAGACAAA